GUAAAAAUAUAAAUAAAAUAACUAAUAUUUUUUGCAAGUCAAAAAGAAGAAAAAAAUACAAAACAAAAAUUUAAAUACACACAUAGAAUGUGUGAUAAAAAUGUGAAAAAAAUUGUGCAAAACAAUACUGCAGUUUUAAAAAGUGAAAAGAAAUAUUUCGCAAGAAGAUAAUUUUUUUUAAAAAAAUUGAGUUUGUUGAUGAAUUAUCAAAAAGCAUUCAGAAAAUAUAGAAGAUAAUCUGAAGCGGCAAAAAUAUAUGUCUGUGUCUUGUUCCCUCGUAGGAAAUACAAAAUCGAAGGCUUUUAAUAUUUUUUCCGUUCAAAAAAAAAAGAGGAAGAAUAAGAGGAAUUUUUAUUGAUUUUUUUUAAAAAAGACACACGAAAAAAUUGGUAUAACUGCUUAACGAUAAACCUAUAGAAGGCCAUAUAAAAGGAGGAAAAAAUUCAAUAUUGCAUCAUAAGAAAUUAGCAUGUGCAAAACUGUUGUGUAAAAGCGAGGCAAAGCCAAUGUGCUGAGGAUUUGGUUAGUUGCAGUUAAAUAUGCUCUAAAAACCAAACCAAGAAAGAAAAAAGUGUUUAAAGAAAAUAAAAUAAAAGUUAGAAGUUUUUCUUGAGUUCGUUAAUUGUGUUCGAGAAAGUGUUGUAACUGGGCAAGAAGAAAAAAGUAAAUGUAUAAUUUAUCGCCUGAUUAUUGGAUUUAAACACGAUUGAAAUUUGAAUAAUUCUUACAUAAGUUUUAUUUUGGAUAAAAAAGAAUCUACAUCAAAAAAAUAAAAUACAGAACAAAAUAUUAGAUUAUCAUCAUCAUCAACCAAGUGAAAGAGAAAAACAAGGAAAUAAAAUAAUCGUAUGAAUAUUUUCGGUGAAUUGGAAAACAACAUAAAAAAUCAAAAAAAUAAAAGAUAAUAAUUUGGGAAAUAAAAAAAAAAUAAUAAAAUAAAAAAGGCAUAGAAAAAAAAUUUGGAAAUGAAUCGGUAAUCAGAUAAAAAUCAAAAGAGAAAAAUAAAUUAUUGAAAGAGAAAUAAAAAUUAAGAAGAAAGGAAAUUUCAUCUAACUUUUUUAAAUUGUCGAUGAGCGUUCAUACGCUACAGCAGAUAAAUAAAAAAAAUAUUAUUUGUGGCAUUCCAAUUUUUCAUAAUUAAGAAAACUAAUGUCACAUUUUUCUUAAAAAGAAAACAAAAGGUACAAUGAGGCCAAAUACAUACGAUGAUACCAAAGCUUACUGUCUAUGCAAAAUACUUGUACUACCUGAUGGUUUUGAUUGUAGAAAUAACAUGCUUUUCACAAGAUGUGCAGCUUCUAUCAGCAUGCUCCGACAAAUUUUUGACUGUCCAAAACGAUCGCAUAUUUGCAAACCAAAAUUCCGAAAGCCCACAAAACUUCACAAUACAGUCGCAUCAAUAUACAAAGCAGAAUAUGGCUCCGGAUAUUCGAAUAACAUUUUACGUAAGAGAACGAGGAGCUUAUAUAUGUUUCAAUCACAAGUGGCAACCAAGACUAAUGAAGAGAAAGAACUUGAAAGACGAGCACUCGUGUCACUUCCGCGAAGCCAUGGAUCACGGUUAUUCAACAUUCAGUUCCGUCAAAGAUCCACAAAAGUAUCUCGGCUUCAUGAGAAAUGGAAGACCAAUCAAUUACGACCGUAUAAAGAACGAUGAGAAAUGUCGUCGAAUAUUUAAGCGAAUAAUAGAAAACAGUUCAAACGAUGUAAUUAGUAACUCAGCAAUUGUCGCUUAUCAAGAGACAUCAACUUUAUCAUCAUCUUUAGGGAAUCGUAAGUCGUCUUCAAGCCGAAUACAACAGAAAACUCAUAGUAAUAAAAUUGAUAUGUCUAAGCCUCGAAAUACAUCUCGAGCAAAAGGCGCACAUUCUGUGCGACACCAUCACAAUGAAUCACAACAUAAUAAAUCACAACAUAAUAUUAGUAUUAAUAAUGAUAAUAAUAAUAAUAAUAGUAAUAAAAUUAAUAAUAAUAAUAAUGAUAAUAAUAAUAAUAAUAAUUAUAUUAAUAAUAAUAAAAAUAAUGGUAAUAAUAAUAAUAUGAAUAAAAAUAAUAAUAGCAGUAGAUUUAAUGAUAGUGUUAGCAGCAACAGCAGAAAUACUAAACAAUUAGAUAAUGAGAACUUUAAUCCUAUUUAUAAUAAUCCUUCUGAUAAUGUAAAUAGUAAUAAUAAUAUAAGUGAUAAAAAUGAGAAAAUGACAACACACCAUAUUAGACAUCAACAUCAUAAGAAGAUGCAUCAACAUCAACAAUCCUUCUCAGAAAUAUCACCGACAAAUGAUCCUGAAGAUCAACAGGGAUUUGCUACUAAUCUUGACGAAAAUAACCAUAAUAUUGAAAAUAUAAAUAGAAAUUAUAACAGAGAAAACUGGAAUAAGGAACAAAUAGACUCUAUUGAUAAUCACAGCAAUAACAAUAAUAAUAAUAGCACGAGUAAUUGUUCAACGGAUGACUCUGAAAAUGAUAAGCAUCUAAAAGGUAAAAAGAACGUUAGAGGUAGAAAUGCACAUGCCAAUGAGAAACAACAAAACAAUAAAUGCAAUAAUCGAAAAAGUAAAAAGAACAAUGAGAAUGUGAGGCACUCUCGAAAGUUAAAUCAGAAAAAUUCUCAUAAAAUAAACCGAAACCCUGAAAACUGAUAAAGAUCUAAUUCUUGGUGUAGUUACGUAUAUGCAUACAUAUAAACAUUUAUCUUUUUACAGCCUUUAAGGACAUAACUAUAUCGUAAAUUAUUGUGUUUUUUGUUUCCUUCUUUCUUUUCUUUUAAGAAUCAUUUAUAUAUACCGUAGCUUGUCAGUCAGGCAUAAAUUUAAUUUUGACGCCCCUGUCUUGCGACAGGACUAAAGAACGAUGAACAAACAAUAGAAGCUUCUAAAUACCUUUUUUAACAAGAAAAAUAAAAAUAAUGAUAAUAAUACUAGAAUGCCAUAUUAUGCAAUUUUUUUCUCAGAUAAUUCAGGAGACAAAUGAUGGAGAAGAAUUUAUAUUUUAUUGCAUCUUCUUCUAAAUGUAAUUUUAAAAAUUUCUGAGAAAGCAAUGCUUAAAAAAUGAAAAAAAAAUUCUCAGUGUUUUCGCUCUCAAUACUAAUGAUGAUGAAAAAAUAAAACCUAUAAAAGCUAACUUUAAAAGUAAAUAAAAGUUGUAGGCUUAAGAAUAAAUGGAAAAUUUUUGUUUUAUAUAAUUUUUGAGUAAAUUUUAGAUAAAAAAAAUGAUUAUAAUUGUCACACAACCAAUAUAUAAAAAGAUUUGUUUUAAUUAUGACAGUAUUUUUGCAUUCAAAUUCUUUUUUUGUAUUUAAUAUCUCUUUCUAGAAAUCACUCAAUAAAAAUAACAAGAAAUGCAUUGUAUGAAUACAAACAUAAAUUAUCUCUUUUCUUUGAAUCUCAAUAAGAGUUGUUAUCUGGACUAAUUAUUACACUCAUUUU